CUCGACGCAACACUCCAAGUUGGACUACCCCUCCAGCACGAAUAUUAAAUGUGAGUCGCACAGCUGAUGGAAAGGUGCGGUCGGUGACGGGUUGUCGUGACAAAAAUGUGUAUGUGUGGGAUGUCUAUGCCCGUCCUCAAAGAAGCUGGUCUUGGACUCUUGGGAACCUAGUAAUAACUAUUCCUCACGCCGCAGCUGAAAAGUCGUCAAUGGACAGCGAUGCGACGCUACGUCCAGUUCAGAAGGUUUCGCAUCGAUUCCUGCCAGGCUUUUUUGAUGAUGCUCGACACGGUGUUCGCUCAUCUGUGAGCCGACACUGUGAUGCUCUCGCACCCCCCCUCCAACUGCGCUCCUCCGCUACCUAUAUUCGCUCUUCCGCAACUCCCAACCCAUCAGCGAAGCAACUGAACACCAGCAACGCCAACUUUUCUCGUGGUGGUCCUCAUACCGUUGAAGUCGCCGCAGUGCGAGAUAAACGGGCACUGUUUGUUGCUCGACGUCCCGCACAUGACCAUGACAAGGCGAAACGAAUACAGCAGUAGCAAGGCUAAGCUCACAUCGACAUCGCGAACUCAGCCUUCUGAUACCGCUUCGACGUCCGCGACACCUGAUGUUAAUACUACGCCAAAUGCAGCAACGCCGACCGUGCAGUUACCACCUGUCCCCGUGUGGGCUCGUUUCGUCCUUUUUCUCUCUUGUGCAUCUCCUCCGCAUAGGAGUGGUCACUGAUUACAGACGCAGAUAAAUAUAUAUAUCGUCAUUAGUUCUGGUUCAUGAUCUCUUCCUC